AUGGAUUCACCUCCAUGCCGCCACGCAUGUAAAAAGGACUCUGUAAGUAUUUCUUUGAUGUGGUUUUGUUUUCUUUUGACACUCCCCACAUUUUUGCCACUCACUUGCUUGCUGUUGCUUCGACUCGCUCCCUUUCUCUCCUCUCCAGCAGCAGCAGCAGCAACCACAAUAUGUUUUUCUUUUUGCGCCCCCUCGUUUCUACAGCCUGCGCGGCAAUGCUGCUGCCUGCUGCUCAAGGCUCCUUCUCAGUUCCACCGGGAGCGCCAGUCGACCGUGGCUGUCGCAGUCCACAAUUCGCUGCAGCUGCGCCCUGGUGAACCCGUCCUGCGCAUGCUCCCGCAGCAACCGCAGACACCCGUCCUCCAGGCCCCACGCUCUCGUCCAGCGAGGGCAGUCGCAGAGCAGCAUCGACACACACCGCGCCGAGCCAUGCUCCUUUAG